AUGAAAAAUCACACAGCAAUAACAACAUUCAUCUUGUUGGGACUUACAGAGGAUCCACAGCUGCAAGUUCUGGUUUUUAUCUUUUUAUUUCUGACAUACGUUAUGAGCAUAACUGGAAACCUGACCAUUAUCGCUCUUACCUUGAUGGAUUCUCAUCUUAAAACUCCUAUGUAUUUUUUCCUUAGAAAUUUCUCCAUCUUAGAAAUCUCCUUCACAACAGUAUAUAUUCCCAGAUUCUUGUACAGCUUAUCAACUGGGGACAAUACUAUUACUUAUAAUGCCUGUGGCAGUCAAAUAUUUUUUAUUGGACUCUUUGGGGCUACAGAGUUUUUUCUCCUGGCAGCCAUGUCCUAUGACCGCUAUGUGGCCAUCUGUAAACCCCUGCAUUACAUGGCCAUCAUGAGCAACAGAGUCUGUGCCAUCCUUGUCCUCUGCUGCUGGGUCUCUGGGUUGGUGAUCAUCAUCACACCACUUGGUAUGGGUUUCCAACUGGAAUUCUGUGUCUCCAAUGCCAUUGACCAUUUUGGCUGUGAUGCAGCUCCCCUUCUUAAGAUUUCAUGUUCAGAUACAUGGUUUAUAGAGCAGACCAUUAUUAUUUGUGCAGUGUUGACAUUCGUUAUCACACUAAUAGGUGUGAUUCUUUCCUAUGUAUUUAUCAUCAGGACAAUUCUAAGAUUCCCCUCUGCUCAGCAAAGAAAAAAAGCUUUUUUCACUUGUUCUUCUCACAUGACUGUUGUUUCCAUCACUUAUGGCAGCUGUAUUUUCAUCUACAUCAAACCUUCUGCCAAAGAGGGUGUGGACGUUAACAAAGGGGUAUCUGUGCUCACUACCUCUGUUGCCCCUUUACUGAACCCCUUCAUUUAUACCUUGAGGAACAAGCAAGUGAAACAAGCUUUCAGUGACACAAUCGAAAGGAUUGCAUGUCUUGCACACCAGUAA